CUCUUAAUAGCCGAUUUGAUCUGCCUGCAUGUUGAUUCUUCUGUCAAAUGGCCCUCAAGGUUCAAGAUAUUAAAGUCUUCUCACCCCGUGGGGAGCGAUAUAUUCGACACAACCCACACCUUGCGGAUUCAGUAGGAACAUUUGAGGAAGUCGACUUCAGCGCUUUUCUUCUGAGUAACGACCAUUCGCCUAGAAAGAAACGAUCAGUUCCUGAAACUCAAUCCUACCACAUCAGCUUCUCAGGGAAUCGUGGAAAGUUACCUGUGGCCGGAAAGUAUGAUGAAGUAGCUAAGAGCUAUCAAUCAUUGCCGUAUCAAACGUUUGAAAAUCAAGCUGCUGAUAUUGAAGAAGAGUUGUAUAUCAUUGGGUCAACGCUAGUUUGGAGUCGAGGAGACCAAGUCAUUAAAUCUUUUAAUUUCGACCAAGACAAGCAACAUAUAAGAACAGCACUUAUUGGAUGGUUUCCAUACGACGAGGAUCUUCUUGAACCCACUUUAACCAACAUCCAGGGACUACCAUUUCGGCAAACAUCACAACUUGCGACUGCGCCAGUCGACUCUCAGAGGAAAUUGACAACAGGGGUGGUAGACAAUGUUGAAGCUACCCAAUCUCCUUUGAAAAGAAGGUAUACGAAUCAAGGCUUUGACAUUAGUUCACAUAUGGACAACGGAUCGCGUCAUGGAGAGCAACCAUAUUCAUUGUCAUAUUCAACGAAAAAGACAAAGAGCGAUCUCUCUCCUCCAUUUUUAGCCCUUACCAAGACUUGCGAUGAAAAAAAGCUGCAGAAAGCGAUAUGUAUUGUUCUCAAAGACAUCGCCAAAAUACACUUUAUCAGUGGACACACAUUUUCAGUUCAUUUACCAUUUCCAGUCCACACUGGGCGUGCUAUGGAUGUUGGUGUCAUACUUGAAAGACGUCAAGGUUACCAAGAACUAAACUCGAAUGGUCAAGGAGCACGAUUUGAACAUAAAGAUACGAAGCCAACGGGGAAAGGUGUUGCUGCUAAUGCCCCAUUAUUAGUUAUUAUUCAUCCCAGGGAAGAGCCAACGGUGCUUUCGGUGACUGACACUAUUUCUUACGAUAUGGCAAAAAAGGAGCUGCGACUCACAGAACCGAUUUUGCCGCUGACUGACGAUAAUCAUGAACUUAAAUUUGUUACAACUUGUGAUAGUAGAAGCGACGAGUCGCGCUUGCUGGUGACUUAUCACAAGAAAGAGAUGAGCCAUUACAUUUGGCGCUACGCCUCCCAUGUAUACGAUAACUCAACAUCCUCCACCGAAAAAGAGUCAUCAACGUUGGCGAGAAAAGAAGAAUUAAUAAGAGCAGCAAAUGAAGCUUACCACUCACCUACAACAACGCCGGUCAAACAGACCGGUAAGAGGAACAUUCGACAAACCAGUAGCGUUGCAAUCACCUCUACACCACCAAAACCUACAACCCCCCCUCCACUGACCAGAAAGGACUCCUUUGUUCAAUACCAUGAUGAUCUUAGUUCCGAAACGGAUUUCUUACACACGUCUGAGUACGCAGAUUCUUCUUUUGAGCGCCGUAAUCAUUCAGGUGCAUACAUCGAACUAUUGUGGUCCGAAAAGCGAACAACAAGAUCCUCUUCAGGUCGAACUACUGAUAAGUCGACAGAGGUUUUUAUGGCUCAUGACUUGGAUGGCUCAGAACUCGUUUGUAUACACGACAACCACAGCAAUACUCUAAUUGGCAUCAAUGUGACAGCAUUAGUUAAUGUUCGUAGAGGUCGUGGUGUCAAAGCAUUCGAAUUCAAAGCAUCAGCAGCACAGUCCAUCCGAGCUACACGACAUAAUUAUUACGAUAUAUUGCUCAUACAGAAUGGAAAAGUGAAACUGUGGAUCGGUUCUGGCACUGCCCUUGUUGAUAUUUCGUUACCGAAUAAUAUACAUGAACUAGACGCAGGACUUAAUUCACCACCUGACAACACGAAAAGAAAGGAGUUACGAACACUAGUCAGACAACUUUCUAUGUCGGAAGAGACAUUGUCGGUGACGGAGCUCAAGGAUCCAACACAUAACAAAGUCAAUAUUACUAUGUCCAACUCUCGAACUUAUCGCAUCACAGUAGAUUUCACGCCAAAAUCCAGUCUUGUUCAAGAUUGUUUGAUGGCAUUAAGCUUUGCCGUCCCCAUCAACGUAUUUCAAAGCAUUCGACAACGUUUCAUGUACCAUCAGUACUCUGAAGAGUGGAAGUCAGAAGCCGCCGAUUCCCUCGCUGAUGAAUGGGAUCAUUUCGCUUCUGCCAUACUCUGUUUCUUACAUGGUGAUGAGAUGGAGCGUGAAGAACUUUUAGCUUCCUUGGAGAAUGACAACGUGUCUGUUUCUACUGAUUUUCUAGAUCAGCCAGCGUACUCAAAUCUGAUAUCUGGGCUGAAGUUAGGAGAUGAUAUUCAAGGGAUCAUAGGUCACCAAAGCGACAAUGAGACAUCCCAGGCUCAAUAUUCAAUGAUAAAGAAAUGGAUUUAUAAGUCUCUAGAGUCCUACGAAAAGCGGAAACCAGAGGAAUCACUGAUUUCUAACAUCACUUCCGUGGUAUUGGGUUUGCAUCUUAUUUGGGAGGACUUACGUCUGGACAAAUAUCGGAAGCAGGAUACUAUGAAUAUGGGCUUACUGUUAAUUCAGUUGGCGACUAUUUUGCAAUGGGACGAAUGGAAAAUAUACUAUAUAGACUCCAGUAUUCCAGACAUCAGUUAUGAUCAUCCUGCUUUCCAAAUUAAUUCUAUAGAUGUUCAGAAUCAUAUAUUGAGCCAGUUCCCUCCGGACUUUGGAGCUUGGGUACAAGAUCAUACACAAGGAGUAGAUCCUAGUCGAGGACCUUUACCACCAUUUCCCCUGCCUCAAGACUUAUUUCCAUAUCCUGGAAUGAUGGCCAAUCCUAUACUGCGAAAGAGGACACUGUGCCUUUUACUCCAGCGGUUAUCAUCUAUAUUUGUUGUGUACUCGGAUCCGCUAAGGGACGCUUCCUCAGUAGUACUUCUACUCAUUUCAGUAGGCUUCAACCAAGGAGAUUUAGCCAAGUUGCCAAAUAAUGUAUCUAAGCCAAUAUACGACAUGCUAGAGUCCUACAAGAGCAACCCUCCCGCAGAUUGGCCAGUGGAGGCGUAUAAUAUGAUAGGCCGAGAAGACAUAGCCGAGCAAAUUAAAGGGGAGUCUCAGAACUCAACGAAUGAUCUGGACAUCGAUGUGACACAUGUGAAUGACCGAAGGAAGACCCAUAUGCUUGUAGAAGAGGCGCUAGCAUUCGAAAGCGAAAGUAAAAAUUCUGAAUACGAAGAAAUCCCUACUAGAAGUAUUCAAAAAAUGCGAUUCGGACAUGUCGGUGUCAUCGAUACGGCAAGAGCAAUCCUAGACUCUUCUGUUGUUUCUGAGAUAACUGUGCCUGAACAUCUAGAUAUGAGUGAUGAGGAUCUCUCAGUUGAGCAUCAAACCCACCUAACCAAUUUAUCGCAUCGAACCCUUGCACUCGGAAUUGGCCGAGGCAUAUUGUCGUUUGGUACAUGUCAGCCGGAUCCUACCAAGGCUUUUCCAAUUGCCGAGCUAGUACUUUCGGCGAAGGUGUUGCCCAUGAGGACGGUGGUCCAAUUUGAUAUCAGCACUCUUCCAAAGGAUUAUCUGGAUUGGCCAGCGUUUCACAAUGGUGUAGCUGCCGGAAUGCGCAUAUCUCCAGAUGUACCAGUAAAUGGAUCAUGGAUUCUUUACAAUAAGCCAGAGGAACUGAAUCCUUCACAUGGUGGAUUUCUCCUCGCUCUAGGCUUAACAGGGCAUCUGCGACGACUGCCUAUUGUGGACUGGUAUAGGUACUUGACGGAGAACUGUGACUUGGCAUCUGCUGGUUUCAUCCUUGGUGUCGCUGCGGCCUAUUGUGGUAGUCGAGAUGGAAAAGUCACUAAGCUUCUGUCUAUGCACCUUCCAUCUCUCCUUCCAUUGGAUUCAACUGAUCUCGGCCAUUCACACUUGACGCAAACUACUUGUAUACUCGGUAUCGGUCUUGUUUAUAUGGGAUCGUGCGAUCGUAGAAUGGCCUCGGUUAUGGUUGAUGAAAUAAGUCGAAGCAACGACAUCUUACCAGAAGAUGCAGCCAAAUGUCACCCCGAAAGUCGAGCUCUUACCGCAGGGUUUGCUCUCGGAUUUAUUACAUUAGGGCAAGGAGAUAACACAAUAGGAUUGGCGGAUCUGGGGAUAAAGGAGAGACUCUUUGGAUUCAUGGAUGAAAAGCUGGCUUUGCCUAAUGUGCCUGGAUAUAAUUCUUCCAAGACGAGUAGCCGAAGUAACCGGCGCAUCAACCUCGAUGUCACUGCACCAGGAGCAAUGAUUGCUAUUGGUCUCAUGUAUCUCAAGACAGAAGAUGUACGAAUAGCUGAGAAAAUUGCCUUACCGGACACACUACCGAUGCUAGACUACAUUCGACCAGAUUUCCUGCUCCUCAGAGUACUCAGCAGAAAUUUGAUCAUGUGGAGCCAUAUCAAGCCAACUGAAGCGUGGAUACAAGAACAAUUACCUGAUUUCAUUGAAAAUGCGCUGAAUGAUAAUACCAUAUAUCCUCAAGAACACGGUGCAUCCUACUGUGAUAUGGAAAUUUUACAGCAAGCUGCAUCCAAUAUCAUUGCUGGUUGUUGUUUGAGUAUCGGCCUUCGAUACGCUGGAUCUCGUAACGAAGAAGCAUUCCGAUGUCUUUUAAAACAGUUUGACUUCUUUGCUAAGCGAAGCCAAUCGACUGCAUCUAAUUUUCAACAAAAAAUUACACGAAGUUUGAUGAAGGCAUGUAGAGAUAUUGUGGCAACAGCAGCUUCCAUUGUUAUGGCAGGAACCGGAAAUCAAGAACUCUGGGAGAGGCUCUCUUCUUUACAUGACCGUAUUGGACCCGAUGUAAACUACGGCAGUCAUAUGGCAACCCACAUGGCGGCUGGUUUGCUAUUCACGGGAGGAGGAAAAUAUACCCUAGGCACAUCGAACCUAGCAAUUGCAACGCUAUUGUGUUCCUUCUAUCCUUUCUUCCCCACUGUGGCGGACGAUAAUAUGUAUCACUUACAAGCCUUCAGGCAUCUUUGGGCGCUGGCUCUCGAGUGCCGCUGGCUAAUUCCACGCGAUAUUGAAAAUGAUCAGCCUUGUCGUCUACCACUUACUGUCACUGUAUUUGAUGAUGAUCCUUCAAUAGCGCUGUCAGCACGAAAACAUCGGGACAUCAACGUUGUGGCACCUUUGGUCGUUCCAGAUUUUGGUCUUAUAAAAAGCAUCAAAGUCGAUAGCCCCCGUUAUUGGCCACUGGUCAUCAAUAUGCAAGAAGAUGUUAGGUCCGCCAACAACAUCAUUCAUAGAGGCAUUCUGUAUGUUAAGCGAAAAAAAGGGCAUGAAACAUACGAUGCUGAUCCAAAAGGGCGUCGCAGUGUACAUUAGAUAAUUUCAAAUAAAAAAUCUUACCUGUGCUUCCAGAGCAAGGUCGCUCGCAGCUUGAUCCUGUUGAAAUCCAACCCGCAUUUUCAAUUUCCUAAAAUAAAUACAAGGGAAAAAAU